CAGCUCUGACCCUGAGAGCUUUUGAUCACCCUCUGCUUGAUCCCAUUGUGCAAAGGAAUUGACUUUAAAUUACCAAACCUUAAGAAGGGAGGGGAAGAUGUUCUCAGCUACUAGGGCUGGAAGGCCUGACAUCUGGGUGUUGGGUGGGGAGGGGGCGUGGUGCCCUGAGGAGGUGUGUUGGGGGCUGGGAAGAACAGGACACCUGGGUUUGCCUAAGGGAGGGGUGAUGUUGGUGCCCUUAAGGAGGCGCGGUCUGCUGGGAGGGAAUGGGGAGGAGUCAGUCGUUAAAAGCUGUUCCUGGGUUUGGCUCAGCCACCAGACACAGGCCAGGUGAGAGGGCUGUGGCACCUGGGCUGUGCCGCCUGGCAGCUACGGAACUGCAGAGACCCAGAGUGAAGGUUUACUGCUUCCACCAAAGGUCGGCCGGAGGCCAGGAGCGGGUAGGGGAGUGGGACUGGGUCGGGUACCUCCAGGCAACAAGAAAAGGAGAGUACAACCUGUCCAAUACCAGGUACCAGACGGGAUUUCGCACUCCCCAAAGCCAGCCAAAUUGGUUGGGAGCAGGGGCUCCAUUAGGACUCUGAACUUCGGGACGAUAUAUACUUUUUAAGGACACGAGUUUCUCUGGAACAAUUCCAGACCAAGAAGACACUUCCAUUUUAAGGAUACCGGGUUUGGGGAUCAACGUUUCACUUUGGAGGGGAGCGCGUGUGGGACACCGUCUUAAGGCUUUCUCCAAACCGCCAUGGCGCUACCUGGCUCCUCACAGGACCAGGCCUGGAGCUUGGAACCUUCCACUCCCACAGCCCCUAGCUCCUCGUCCUCGGGCUCCCAGGAGCGGGAGAGCGCUGGGAGCCCAGUGGUCUCCGGGGGGCUUCCCUUGGAGAAGGUGAAGCGGCCCAUGAACGCGUUCAUGGUGUGGAGCUCCGCUCAGCGCCGCCAGAUGGCGCAGCAGAACCCAAAGAUGCACAACUCUGAGAUCUCCAAGCGCCUAGGCGCGCAGUGGAAGCUGCUGGGCGAGGACGAGAAGCGGCCCUUCGUUGAAGAGGCUAAGCGGCUCCGGGCCCGGCACUUGCGCGACUACCCCGACUAUAAGUAUCGGCCUCGGCGCAAGACUAAGAGCUCAGGCACCGGGCCGCCCCACUUUGGACAGGGAAGCAGCAGCGUAGCUGGCGGCGCACCAGUCUGGGGGUCCGGGUACACGACUACCCAGGGGAGCAGAGGCUUUGGGUACCAGCCCCCCAACUACUCGACAGCCUACCUGCCUGGCAGUUACGGCUCUUCCCACUGUAAACCAGAGGCCCCCUCGCCAUGCUCCCUCCCUCCGAAUAACCCCAGGAUCCAAGGGGAGCUGCUCCCCCCCUAUAGCCCCUACCUACCCCCAGGCUCUCCCACUCCGUUCAACCCUCCCCUUUCAGGGGCCCCCAUGGCCCUAACCCACCUCUAACCCUCAUGGGCAUGGACCUGCCAGGAAGGGUUCCAGCCUGCUUUUUCACCCAGAAACACCUCCCCCCCCAUUCCCAGGCUGUAAACUCUUCUUUAGAACUGUGAUGGACCACAGUUCAGAGAAGGCCUGCAGUGCCCCCACCACGAAAGCCAGGGGAAGCAACACUACACUUAUAUUUUUUUGUAGGACAAACACAGUUUUGUACGAUUGGA